AUGUCGUUCAACAAGAAGUCAAGCAACAAAGUAUCUGGAGGAAGUCUCACCAAGUACUCCUUCAUCUCCAGCUCUCUUGGCUCGCUGGAGACCAAGAUCAACGUCUUCCUCCCCUCUUCGGCUGCAAAGGAUGGCAAGAAAGUACCCGUGUUGUAUUACCUUUCUGGCCUGUCCUGUACCGAGGACAAUGCUGCCCAGAAGGGCGGCUUCUUCAACGCUGCCGAGAAGGCUCAGAUUGCUCUCGUCUUGCCAGACACCAGUCCAAGGGGUGCCAACGUAGAUGGUGAAGAUGAGAGCUACGACUUUGGUUCCGGUGCUGGCUUCUACCUCAAUGCUACUAAGGAGCCUUGGAGCAAGGCCUACAACAUGUAUGACUACGUUGUUAAAGAGCUUCCCAAGAAGCUUGAGGAGAACAAUUUGCCUAUUGAGACGUCACGAGCAUCUAUCUUUGGUCACUCGAUGGGCGGACAUGGAGCACUUUGCCUUUACCUCAAGAAUCGCUCGCAGUAUCGAUCAGCCUCGGCCUUCUCGCCCAUCUGCAAUCCUACUGCCUGUGCUUGGGGCAAGAAAGCUUUUCAGGGCUACCUCACAAACGGACUUUGUGAAGGUGAACAGUACGAUGCUACGCUCCUACUCAAACAGACUUGGGAUCAGCCCAACAUCCUCAUCGACUCGGGCACCGCUGAUGACUUUUACAAGCAGGCACAGCUUUUGCCAGAGAACUUUCAAAAGGCUGCUCAGGAGAAAGGCUUCGGGAAGGGUGUGGAGAUCAGGUUGCAGGAUGGCUAUGACCACAGCUACUACUUCAUUUCGACCUUUGCUGAGGAUCAUAUUCAGUUCCAUGCCAAGUUCCUCAAGGACUGA